CACCAACCAGCAUAUGCAAAGAGAAAUCGCCUUGUUCCGUUGAUCCCAUUCUGGGUGUCAUAAUGACUCAUCCCUGCAAGCGAUUAUAUAUUCGUAAUCACAACUGUGAAUAUUAUUGUUAUUUUGUUGAUUGGAUUUAUCUAGUUGUCUUUUUGUUAAAAAAAAUUUGUUUCAAUUCUUAAAAAAUGGUGCGUGACAGAUUUAAAGAACUGCAAGAGAAAUUGACUGAAGAUGGAAAAAAAUCGAAAUGUGAUAAACAAAUAUCUGAAAAGGUCGAAACAGAGUUGGGCCAUUUACUGUCAGAGGUAGACGAAAUAUGGAAAUCACUUGAAGAUUUACGGCUGAGCGUUGUAAUUACGAAGCGUAAAUUUACAGCAAGUCUAAGGGACCCCUUGAUAACGCAAGGGACAAAGAAUGAACUUGUUUGUGCCAACGCCAACAUUAUCAAGAAUUUUCAUACAAUCAAUAGCAGGAUUAAAAAAAUUCUUGAAAACUACACAAGUCCAAGUCCUCCUCAUGUGUCCACAGCAGUUACGAAAGCAGCUAUAACGCAACAUGCUUCGCUCCUCAGGGAAUUUUUACUAAUUAUGCAAGACUACCACAAGGGUGAAGCUGAAUAUUAUGACCACCGAAAGAGACAAUUUAUUUUGGAAACAGAAAUUGCUGGAUUUACCUCUGACCUGAUGAAUGAGUCUGACUUCACUAGUUCAAUUUUCACUCAGAAUUUGUUGCGUUAUUCUGAAGAGUCGAAGGAAUCGCUUUGUAAUGUGACAGAGAGAUAUCAAGAUUUCCUGAACCUAGAAAAGUCUGUAAAAGAAGUACAUGAUUUGUAUUUGGAAAUGGCUUUACUCGUUGAAAACCAAGCGCAAAGUGUUAACAGGAUCGAAGACUUUGUUUCUCAAACGAACGCAAGAACUGCGCAGGCUUCCAAGAAGUUGAAGAAAGUUAAGCAUGAAAAGAGAAAGUAUUUGAAGAGAAAACUCAGGCUGGGAUUAGCUGCAACUGGAAUGGUGGUUACGAUUGCAUUGAUUGUGUUGUUAUAAGAAUAUUUCUACUUAAUAUAUUUAUGUAUAGUAUGAUGGUCUCCUUUAUGUCGGUUUACUAAUAAUUUCUUACAUUAGAUAAUUAAAUAUUUACUGUAACAAGUUAAACUUGCCAAUGAAUAAAAGUUUUUCCUCAGAUUAAUUCUAA